AUGCUCAAUUGCAUCACCAACACCGUCAAUGUUCACCAGCUCCUCUCGACGUCCCUUGACCUCAUGGCUCGCAGGGUAUUCCCCGGUCAGAACGUGGCCUUUGGGUUGAGCCUGUUCCUCUUCACGUUCAUGUUCCUGCCGACCCUGGUGAUGCUGUUGGCCGUCAUCGUGUUCUUUGCGUUCUACUAUCCGAGGUUAAGGAAGUUGACAGCUGUUCACAACGAUGACUAUGACUCAGCUCCCCAAGAUCCUUCUAAACAGCCGACCAACGAGGCCCAGGACUCGGAGACCGCAGAACCUCGACAUAAUGGGCGAGUGAAGGAGCAGUCUGGGGACCUGGAAGGUCCAGAAUUCAAUCCCCAAGAUGAACAGACCACAACCAAACCAGGACUCGUUGUCCGCAUGAAAAAUGGCACCAUCCGUUUUGGAAGACAUACCAAGGAAGUGCUAUGCCAUAGCUGGGUCAAUGUCCUGCUGGUCUUCGUGCCCGUCGGUAUCGCCGUCGAAGCGGUAGGGUUAAAUCCGGCGGUGAUUUUUGCGAUGAACGCGGUUGCCAUCAUCCCUUUGGCCGGUAUACUGAGCCACGCAACUGAGUGUGUUGCCAGCCGUCUCGGAGAUACGGUCGGAGCACUCAUCAACGUUACAUUUGGAAAUGCCGUGGAGUUGAUUAUCUUCAUGUAA